AUGAGGAGUUUGAGUUUGCUCGCAGGCUGCGCCGCAGCGCUGCUCUCCUUUGCCAAUGCCGAAGCCAACCUCAGCAACCCCGAUGUCUCCAAGCAGAUGCUCAGCGGCACCUUCGAGCCUCCGCAGGUCUUCCAGCACACCAACCUUGUACGAACCGUCAACCUGGAGAAGGAGUACCCUCGCGAGACAAUCAAUGUCGUUGUCGAGAAUAUCGACUCGAAGCCUCAGCAGGACUACUACCUGCCUUUCCCUCAGGAUCUGAUUGCCAGAAUCGGAGGUCUGGAUGUCAAGGACAAGAACAAGCCCGACGCCAUCUUCCCUAGCCCGGAGAUUGUUGGUAUUGACACAUACAGGUGA